AUGUCACCCAGGCAUCCCAAGAGAUCAGAGGAAAGCUGCUUAUACAGCCUGGUGCUCUCCCUGCAGUUCCUGCUGCUAUCAUGUGACCUCUUUGUCAGUUCCUUCUCAGAGCCACCCUGACUGGCCCCUGUCGUUUAGCCUUUUUUUUUUUUUUAUUUUUAUUAUCCAGGUUAUUACAAUCCUUUCCCUCAUGUUCUUCCACACUUCAUCUUCCAGGCUGGCCUGGCCAACAUUCUAUGCCCUAACUUCAUCCUCACAGCUCUGUUCUUUGUUCUCAGCAUCUCCCUUCAUGUCUGGGUCAGGAAUUUACCCCACAAAGACUCCAACCACUUGGUCUGGACAGAGGGACUUCAAACAUUGUUUGUAUUCCAGAGACUAGCAGCAGGGACUCUGGGUGAUCCUCGCUUCUCCCAGUACUCUUCAAGACUGCAGGAGGAGUUCACGCAAGUUCAAGGCCCUGGCCUGCAGAAGAAAGCCAAUACUGAACAAAAUGGUGACAGUGCCUCUAUCACCACUGUGUUCCUGAUGGCUUUGCUGGACAUGAUGUACCAGGUAAAAGGAACUGCUCUAAAUAGUGGUGAGGUGUGGAGGAACAGGAAGCAUCCAUAA